AUGCAAUCAAGAUCGUCUCGUAUUGGAUUUGAAGGAAUGCUCUCUGGUGAACAGAAAUCUUAUAUCGGUUUUGAACAAUAUGAAGAUGACCAAAAGCAACAUGCGUUACCUGUUUAUCCUUUAACUGAUACUAUGCCGAAUCCAAAUCAAUCUCUUCAAAACAACUUCUCUGAUUCGAAUUAUUCAUCAUCUGUUGCGCAAACAAUGCCAUCUCCUGCACAUUCAUUUAAACAGAAUACUAAGUCUUCUACAUCAACAACAAAGAAUCUUUCAUAUCCACAUUUAUUUGCUAUCUAUAAUGAAAUUGUCAAUGAAUGGUCUCAAAUACAAUGGCUCAUAUUUGUUGAUAAUCAUAAAGAGAUUUAUUUAACAUUAGAUAUUAAUACAAAAGAAUGUUUAACUGUACAAAUGGCUAUUAAUCAAUAUUAUCUUACAAGUGGUAGAGCAUUACUUUUUUCUCGACCUGAAUGUUUAUUAAUUCGAACAAAAUCAAAAUCAAAAAGUUUAGUUUUACCGAAUUCAAUUAUUUCAAUUGAUAAUUUAUUAGAAAAUAAUAUUGCUCAACAAUUAUUUCGAUAUAAAUUAUUAGCUAUUUUAUGUGAUUCAAUUGAAACAAAUAGUAAAUUAAUGUUUUAUAAAGAUAAACAAUCAAAUAAUUGGUAUGUUUAUUAUAAUCAAUCGAUAUCAAUACCUUCUCAUUCUAAUAUAUUAUCAAAUGAUGAACAAAUUCAAAUUGAAUCAUUUAUUCAAGAAAAUAAUCAAAUAAAUCAUAUUAAUCUAUCAAAAUUUACAUCUCCAUUAUCAGCAUUACAUAAUCAUCCAAUUAUUUAUGUAUAUAUACCAGAAAAAAUUUAA